UAUGGAGAUACACUUGAUAUUGUCAAUAUUCGAUUUCCUGAACAUUACGAGACAGGAUAGCAACAACAACAUCUCUCCCUCUCUUUCUCUGAUGGGGAACACUACAUCAUGCACACCUUGCAUGGCCUCCAAUGGCUCCAUCAAGGUCAUUGACAUGAAUGGUGUGACCAAAGAGUACAAGCAAAUCAUAAAAGCAGAAGACCUCAUGCUGGAGCACAAUGGAAAAUUUAUCUGUGACUCAAGUCAUCUCAAGAUUGGUUGUAGAGUCCCCGGCCUCGCUGACAAAGACGAACUCCGGCGACACCGUCUCUACUUCCUCCUCCCUAUGGACAUGCUCUUCUCUGUGCUCACUGAGGAGGAAAUGGUCACAUUGUCAUUCAUGGUCACUAGAUCAGUGAAAAAAAGAGGCUCUAAGAAGCUAGCAAGGAUUUUUCCAAUCCUUACUGACUUCUUCUUGUGUCCGGCUUCUUCACCGGAGCCGGCAUCACCAAAGCCUGAAACAAAUGUUAAGUUUGAGAAGAAUGUUUCAAGGCAGUGGUCAUGGAGACCUUCAUUGGACACCAUUGAAGAGUCUGCUUGAAUGAACUAGUGAUGAAACUGAAAGCUCUGGUUUUUUUCUUUUUGGCUCUGUUGUUUAUGAAGUUUGAUUGUGUUCUUGUUUAUAUGAAAUGUUUUCCA